AUGUCUCACGCUCAACAAUCCCUCGCUUCUCUUCCUUUGGCUUCUCUAAACUAUAUCCUUCCAAAGCCAUUAGCAUUUCUUGUCAUAGCGGCGACAUUAUCGUUGUUAACAAAUGUUGUGACUAGACAACCGUCUUCGAAAUCGUCUUCUCAAUUAGAAUCAGCACUCCAAUCCCUUCAAAUUGUUCAAACACUCCGCUCAAACUCAUCUUAUACAGAACUUAAACGGGGAUAUUCUAUGCUUAGUGACGAGGAAAGGAAAAGUCAUCUUACCGCCGGAUCGUUGUCAGGGAAUGGUAAAUUAGCGAUUGAGCCUCUGGUAUUUAAAAGGAAGGAAGGACUUCAAGAUGAAGUGGGUGAAGAGAUUAUUGUUAUCUAUCAUUUGGGAAAAAAGUUAUGUGGCCAUCAGGACAUUGUACAUGGUGGAAUGCUAGCAACAGUAAUGGAUGAGUGUCUCGCUUUUACAACAAUUCCCAAUCUUCCAGAUAAGAAUGGUGCGACUGCUUACUUACAUAUCAACUACCGUCAACCGUGUGUAUCCGGUCAGUUUGUUGUGAUCAAAUGUGCAGUCACUAAGCUUGAAAGACGAAAGGGAUUCGUUGAAGGAAAGAUGGAAACCAUCAAUGGCAACACUAUCGUAGAUGCGAAUGCACUGUUCAUUAGUAUAAAAAAGUUGAAUGGUGAUAAAUAG